AUGGGUUUAGAGGUGGUCGCGUGUUUUAGCUGGAUAUGGAGCUUUGGUCGUAGAGGAGAGGAACAAUACAAGGAGAUGGCUAUGGUGGUAAGGGUUCCAAUGGUGGAAAUGGCUACUAUGGUGAAGAAGAUUGUGGCUGCUAAGGGAGAGGAAGAUGAUAAUGGUGGACCUAUAGUGGGUUUGGAGAGGAUAUAUGUGGAGCUUGGUGGUAGUGAGGCGAGCGGCUUGGUUAUAAUGGUGGUUGAUGGCAAGGUAAGGGUUGCGGUAGGCUGGUGGUGUUUUGUUGGGGAAGGAUUUGGGGUGGAGCAUCGUGGCGGUGAUGUUUAG